UUUUCUUCCCGGUGGUUCUCUUUCUACAUCUUGUAGGGUUUCUUCUGUCGCCAUUUGAGCUCGUGUGACGAUUCUCUGCGUUCGAUUACGAUGGGUUCCCUCCCGGAUCCCAGCGGCGAAUUCACUCAGCCGUCGCCGCCGCCGCCUAGCUUUGAUGAGUUCCAGAGACAGACGUCACUCAUGACGAGCUGUACUCUUCUCUGGAAGGAGUUAUCCGAUCACUUCUCCUCUAUCGAGAAGGACAUCCAGAAGAAAUCGGAAGCGCUUAAACGCAGGAUCAGAAGCCUCGACAAUCAAACGAAAGAAUCACUUGAAAUUCUGAAGAAGAGAGAGGUCACCAUCGAUGGCUCUGUCUCGAUCGCUCUCGAAAAAGUUGAAGAGAGUGAAGAAUCGGCUCUUAACGCUCUCGAAUCUAAAUGGCAGGAAGAUAACGCUGCUGCCGAUGGAGGGGAAGUCGACGAUGCUGAAGGAUUGCUGUUGAAAUUGCGUUCUUACUGCACCAAGAUGGACUGCAAUGGUUUCUGGAAGUUUGUGACCGUGAGGAAGAGAGAAUUGGAAUCGAUGAGGGCUCAAAUGCCAGCGGCUUUGUCUGAUUGUAUCGAUCCAUCCAGGUUCGUGUUGGAGGCAAUAUCUGAGGUGUUUCCGGUUGAUAAGAGCGGAAGAGGGUCGAAUGACUUUGGGUGGGCAUGUGUAAUGAUAUUGGAAUCAUUAAUUCCGGUGGUGGUUGAUCCAAUUUUAGGAAAUUCCCGUCUUAUGGUUACACCGAAGAUGAAGGAAAGGGCCAAGGAGAUUGCUGAGACAUGGAAGGCUAGCUUGGAUGAAAGAGGUGGUAUUGAGAAUGUGAAGACUCCGGAUGUGCAUACCUUUUUGCAGCAUUUGGUGACGUUUGGAAUUGUCAAGGAAGAAGACCUUGAAUUGUACAGGAAGCUUGUAAUUGCUUCUGCUUGGCGUAAACAGAUGCCAAAACUUGCUGUCUCACUCGGAUUGGGAGAUAAAAUGUCAGAGUUGAUUGAGGAAUUGAUAAAGAGAGGACAGCAUAUCGAUGCUGUUCAUUUCAUCCAUGCUGUGGGUCUUAUGAACAAGUUCCCUCCAGUUCCAUUGCUGAAAGCUUUUCUCAAGGAUGCUAAGAAGGCUUCUCUUCUGGUUCAGGAUGAUCCUGCCUCUGCCUCCUCUGCUUCUGCAUCGCCUCUUCGGAAGGAACUGUCAGCACUACAGGCGGUGAUAAAAUGCAUAGAAGAGUACAAACUAGAAACCGAACUACCUCUAGAGAAUCUGAAAAAACGCCUUGAACAGCUAGAGAAGACAAAGAACGAAAAGAAAAAGCCAGCAGCUUCAAUGGCUGCAAACAAGCGUACCCGAGGAAACAUUAAUGGAGGAGGAAUGGCUCCUCCUGCAAAGGCUGGGCGAUCGACGAAUGCUUAUGUGUCAUCAUUCCCUACAUCUCCAGCAUAUGUGAGGUCUCCAUCGAAUCCAAACGAGCAUCCUCUGUCCCCAGCAGUUUAUGGAAACAGAACAAGCCCUUCUAGUUCUAGUAAUUAUCAUCCUUACUCGUCACCACCACUCGAGGCUGUUGCGGUUGGUCCAGUACAGUUUGUGGGUGGAUAUAUGGCUCCGGCAGUAGUAAACUAUUCACCUCCUUAUGGUAUGGGAGUGACUACAACUUAUCAGCCAGCUUAUUACUAUCCAUAACUGGUUAUUGCUGUGUGUAUUAUAAGUAACUUUUCCAAGUAAUGUGUAGCAGAAAAUCCUUUCUAUAUAUAUAUAUGGUUAUGGUUGUGAAUGUG